GAUUCGAACUAAUCUAAAUAUUCACCUACGAAACGCAGAAGAAACAGAUCAGCCUAGCAGAGUAGCAGGCCAGCACCGGAAACCUCCACCAAGUCCAAACUCAACCAUUUCUCCUUCUCGAGAUCCCCAAGUAGUCGCCCAGUCGCCACCCAGCCCCAACAGAUCCACCGGCGAGCGCGCGCGCGAUAAUGGGCAUCAUCUCGGCGGCGGCGGACUUGGCCGUCGCGUUCUUCUCCCUCACCAUCGCCGUCGCAGCACCGCUGAUCGACGCGCAGUCCGUCCUCCCAGGCAGCCUCUUCCCGGAGCCGCUCUUGAGCCUCAAGCGGUGGUACGCCGCCGAAUUCGGCGACUACCUCGUUGCCAGGCCGCCGGGCUUCUUCCGCGGCCUCACCUUGCUGGAGCUGGCCUUCAACUGGCCGCUCGCCGUCGCCACCCUCUACGGCCUCCUCGCCCGCCGCCGCUGGGUUUCCACUACCUCCCUCAUGGCCGGCGUCUCCACCCUCACCUCCAUGUCUGCAAUUCUUGGAGAGAUGUUCAGUUCAGGCAGAGCGACACCAAAAUUGCUUCAGAUGUAUGUUCCUUUUGCUGUUUUCGCUGUAAUUGCAAUUCUCCGUGGACUCUGUUCAUGCUCUCAACACGCUACUGGUGGUUCAUCACUUGGACCUUCUGCUCGGAAGAAGAGGGUCUAGAUCAGGUUCCUAUUCCCUGUAUUUCAACAUUUUUUUAGAAUAAUUCAUAAUUCAUGCCUGUGCCUUAGUUGCAGUUUGUUCCAGGAUGUGUUGUUUGUUUUUUCCCCUGAAAAUCAUGUUGUCUAACAUUUGUUUUUCUCUCUUUGGACCAUGUCCUGCUAAUUAAGAUAUUGUUUUUAUUUGCUUGA